AUGGCUGCCUCCGUCGUCAUCAUGAAGAGCCCUACAUGUCCUGGUCUCUUACGGCCGCUUACCAACGCCGACUUAGAAAAGUCCGCAUAUAUAUACAAUCAUCUUCCGCGGAUCCAUGAGGGCAUGCGGGUUGAUGAUGCCCACGUCGCAGAACUCCUCAGGCUUAUUGAUAAGAAUGGCUAUCAUGGGAGGCUUGGCUUGCAUUUGCUCCACAAGCAUGACGACAUCGCCGAUGGCACCAUACGGCUCGAGUCAGAUCUUAGCGAGAUGCCUGGAUCAUGGAACAAGGCUACCCGAAUUGACUCCAUUGACGCCAGGAGCAUUCAUGCUGUUACCUUCAGGCACAUAUCACCGGAGAAUCGGCUUGUUCCCUACGAAUUUGCGGAAGGGCCUUCAUCGCUCACUCUUGGCGAAAAAGAUCAUCAAUUUCUCGGAGAAUUCAAUGAAUAUCUCCGUAAACAUUCCCUCAGCGAUGCACUCGCCCUUGAAGUCGCUCCUUGUGGGGCUGAGCCCCAACACCAGGAAGGCACCACUGAGAUCGAGGUGAACGGGGCUGGAACCAUCGUCCUGCCAAUCUCUAUGGUGAACAACGGAGACUUCCUUCCGACAGGCUGGCUCUACCUCAAUCAACUUGAAGACUCCACCCCCCCGAAGGGCCAAACCUGGUCAAAGAUGACCAAUGGAUCUCACAAAGUAUUCACCAACAACCCUGUCGGAACCCCGGCUGAGCUGUUCGCCGAAUUGAUCCAGGCACGUAUUAUCAAGAGUUGA